AAUGCAAAGGUACUCGCUGGUACCACCUUUACACAUAUUAGGGGCUUUAAGGCGUUUGCACAUUUCAUACUCCAAUAAGCGUCUUGAGACUGCAGACAUCGCAAGGAGGCUGGUUGUAUAUACUACUGGUGAGCGGUUGAAGUUAAAAUUCCCUCAGUUGUAUGUAACUUGGGAGAUUCUUGACUACGACGCACCUGCAUCUAUGCGAGUAGAGUUUCUAAACGGCAAGACCGGUAGCUAUUUGAUUGAGGGAUACAGCAAGCGUGAGAAGGAGCGUAUAGUGGCUGACUGGCAGUUUAGUGCCAAUUUGGAGCCUUGGCCGGAGACUCUGGCUCCUGUAUAUAAUCCCGAGACACCAACUAGUGGCGAUGGCGUGCAACGCUGACGAUGAGGGCAUCCCUC